AUGUUCUGUACUGACCUCCUGUUCUCCGUGUGGUCCGCAGCCCACAGCAGAGGAGACGGCAGCUCCGGGGGCUCGGCCAAAGAGAGCGGAGAGGAGGCCGGCUCCAGCUCUCCCACGUCCAAACGCAAAAGAGUCAAGUUCAGCACCUUCACCAGCCUGCCCACCGAGGAGCUGCCCUACAACGCCAUCCCCACCGCAGACAGCCAGGACAUUCAGUGGGUCUGCCAGGACAUGGGCUUCCAGGACCCCGAGCAGCUGCAGCAGUACAUGCGGAGGAUACAGGAGAUGGCCUGA